AUGCUGCUGAGAAACGGAGCUCUCUCUGGGGGUUCCACCGGCCAGCUGCCACCAGAGGCCAGGCCCCUGUUUGAGGAGGGGGCAACUCUGGUGUUCAGAAGGUGGACAGCCCUCAGCCUGGCUGUUGAGGGCCAGUGGGGCGGCGCCAGCUCGGUGGAGAAGGCUGAAAACAUCUGGGCUGAGACCAUGGAGUGGUUUUACAAGAACAAGGAGCACUAUUCGGAUGACCUCGGGAUGGAGCUUGAGGACAGCAUGGAGCAGGACUUCAACAUGAAGCUGGAGGAUGGGAGCCCCUACGAGGUUGCAAAGGUGCUGGUGCUGCUGCACAGCGAGCUGCUGGCCAGAAAUGAGGCCACGCUGAACAGGCUGCGGCAGAGCGCACCGCUGCCCCCAACAGCCAGCAGACAAGAGCGGGUGGACAGGGAUGGCACUGUGCUAGCAGGAGAUGGAGAGGCAAGCAGCAGUGACAGCGACUCAGACAUGGACGAGGAUGGGAUGGAGGCAACGCCGUCUGACGCCGUGCAGCCAGCUCAGCGGCAGGGGCCCGUAAUCGACGAGGAGGGAUUUGAACUCGUGCAGAAGCGGCGCCCACGCGGCCGGGACAAGGGCUGAUAAAAUAAGAUAAAUUGCAUUAUGAGCUGUGUUCGUAGACUCUGACUUUGGUAUGACACUUGAGCAGCUAUUUGAGACUUAUCCCUGUUGCAGUUUUGUUUGCUUUAGGCAUACAUUAAAAGUGCUGGUGUACUAUGAGCUGCAAGCUUACUCAUCGGAGGCACAUUUAACGGCGGUUUGGAUCAAUUCCAUAG